CGCAACGCUAAUUUGCGCGGGCUUUACGUGCGGUGUUUUGUGUUCUCGCCCCCAGUGGAAUUUUUGCCUAUCAAUGCCCACAGACAGAAAGUUCUUUGUUGGCGGCAACUGGAAAAUGAAUGGUAGUAAGAAGGAGAACGAUAAACUUAUUGAAAUGCUUACCCAUGCCAAGAUUGAUCCAAACACAGAAGUCCUGGUUGCUCCACCGUCGCUCUAUCUCCCAAGCGUCCGUGAGAAGCUGGACAAACGCUUUCAUGUGGCCGCGCAAAACUGUUAUAAGGUACCUUCCGGAGCUUUUACUGGUGAAGUAAGUCCAGCUAUGCUCAAAGAUGUCGGCUGCGACUGGGUUAUUCUUGGUCAUUCAGAAAGACGUCACAUUCUGAUGGAGACAGACCAACUGGUUGGCGAGAAGACAAAUCAUGCAAUAUCUGCUGGUGUUAAUGUCAUCGCAUGCAUCGGAGAGAAGUUGGAAGAACGAGAGGCGGGUAAAACAGAAGAGGUUUGCUUCAGACAAAUGGAGGCCAUACGAAAAAAUCUGUCAUCAGCUGACAUGUGGAAUCACAUCGUCAUCGCCUAUGAACCCGUUUGGGCCAUCGGAACAGGCAAGACGGCCACUGAGCAACAAGCGCAGGAGGUUCACUUGGCUGUUCGUAAGUGGAUGGAGGAGAAAGUCAGUCCAGCGGUCGCCAACAGCAUACGGAUCAUAUACGGAGGUUCAGUCACGGCUGCCAAUUGUCGAACACUAGCCAAGCAACCAGAUGUGGACGGCUUCCUCGUAGGUGGCGCAUCGCUCAAACCGGACUUUAUUGAAAUUUGUAAUGCAAAUGCCUAGAGCGAGUUCCACAAAGACCUAACUGAAAGUGUUCCUCUAGUCCUGUUCGGUUUUCCUUCUUCUUUUGUUGUAGUGCUCUAUCCUCAUCCUGUAUUUGACCACCUGUUAUUCUGUACGAAAAAAGCACAAGAUCAAGAAGACAUCAAUUCUCU